UGCUGACUUCACUGACGCAGGGGCAUUGUACGAACCGUCAGGUUAGGAUGUUAUGAUAUGAUAGGUUUGAAAUUGCUUAAUGCAUCAAUAUAUACACAAUUAUCUAAAUAAUUGGAAGAAAAAACGUAAAAAAAGCAAUAAAAAAUUAAUUUCCAAUUUCACUUAACACUUCGGCGCAAUUUUUAAUAUGUCAAAACGUUGGGGCACUGACUAUGUCGUCACAGAACAUCGCGAUUUGCAGGCGAAUACAAUGGCGAUUGACGCAACCGGAGGUUAUGUUUUACUGGCAGGGCGUCGAUAUUUUGCUGUGAAAAAUUUAAAUGAUGAAAUGGAUGGGCUACGGAAAUUCCAACGACAGAGCAAGUAUGAAGUUGGUUCCGCUGAAUGGAACCCCACAUUGACCAAUAGUCACUUAUGUGCAAUAUCUAGCAACACAAGGGUAGAGAUAUUAAGUUUUGCAGGAGGAGGUGGGCAGGAAUUACAGACCACCCACAGUCUGAGAGCUCACACACGAGUGGUCAGUGAUUUGAAUUGGCAUCCCAAGGAACCUUCAAUUGUUGCUUCGUGCAGCAUUGAUACUUUUAUCCACAUUUGGGAUAUACGCGAUCAGCGACGACCCUGUUUAUCUCUAUCAGCAGUUGCCGGUGCGUCCCAAGUUCAAUGGAAUGCUUUGUUACCACACACUUUAGCAACUGCUCAUGACGGUGACGUAAAAAUAUGGGAUCAGCGCAAAGGAAAUAGCCCUGUACAAUAUAUAGCUGCACAUUUAACAAAGAUACACGGGUUGGAUUGGUGUCCGUUUCAGCAAAACCAGCUGGCAACUUCUAGUCAGGAUUGUACUGUAAAAAUUUUCGAUAUUGUGAACCCUCGCAGAGCUGAAAGUAUUCUGACGACUAAUUCCCCUGUUUGGAGAGCACGCUAUACGCCGUUCGGAGAAGGUCUUGUAACCAUCGUCGUACCACAACUGCGGAGAGGGGAAAACAGUUUACUAUUAUGGAACACAUCAAACUUCAAUGCACCAAUAUAUACUUUUGUUGGGCAUACGGACGUUGUACUGGAAUUUCAAUGGCGUUACCCGAAAACAGAUAUAAAUGAUUACGAGUUGAUCACGUGGUCGAAAGAUCAAUGCUUGAGGAUCUUCAAAAUAGAUCCUUUCCUCAAGAAGUUAUGUGGUCACGACAUGGACGAUGCGACUUCUGUUUAUACGCAGUACUCGGAGAACACGAGAACUUUGCGAUCCGUACAACAAAUACAGCUCCAUGAUUCAGAAAAUGAACCUGACAUCAAUUGCGUUACGACAAAACUCGAUGGACCUGUGGUACAUCACGAAAUGCCGGAAACUGAAAAGCAAGCUGCUUCUCCUACUCAGCCAAAGACUUUGCAGCAAGAAUUCUCUCUCAUCAAUAUGAAUAUACCGAAUAUAGAAGUAAAUGCAAUGGACGCACUGGAAAGGAGCUGCACGGUUACUGCUUGCAAUAAAAAUUACAAUGUUAUAUUGAAAGUGAAUUUUCCGGGAAACUAUCCACAAAGUGCUCAGCCAACGUUUCAGUUCUGUCCAGGAACAACGGUGGAUAAUGCGACUAUGGCUAAAUUGUUAAAAGUUUUGAAACAAACGGCCCAACAAAGAGUUCGAAAGAAUCGAACGUGUCUUGAACCGUGUCUACGGCAACUUAUUAGUACCUUGGAACAGACAUGUGUAAAAGAUGAAUCGGAACCUCUUCGUUUGGGUUACCAUUUACAGAGGAACGAAGAUUUUUUGAACUCAACAAACAUAUACACGAACUACCAGGAUACUUACAUACCAUUUCCUAGAACUUCUGGAGUAAAGUUUAGCUGCGUCGGUAUCCUCGUAUGUUUUGGUCGUUCGUCUUAUCCCAGAAAAUCUUCGAUGAAGCCAGAAGGAGCGACACCAAGAGCCUUAUCGGCUCUAGGAGCGGGUUUGGUUAAUGGGGUGCCUUCACCCUUCAUGAGCAUGUAUCCAAACUCGUACGGUCAGUCGGCUGAUGCAUUAUCCAUCAGUUCUUUCUAUUUUCAAGACAGGAAAGGAACGCGCAAACUCCCUCAUGGAUCGAAUCGUUCCCAAAACAGACCAUGCUACAAAAAUCAUUAUUCCAUGGUAAUGAUUUACGAUGCCUCAUCACUGUUUUUCGUCAGUACGGAACUAGCUGAAAAAUACGUAAUCAACAUUACCGAUAUUCCGGCAAUGUGUCAGUACAACGCAAAUAUUGCUGCAACUUUAGAGCGGCCGGAUUUAGUGCAAGCCUGGUGUUUAGCAGCACUUGUUAUUUCUCAGCCACUGUCAAAUGCUAAUCAAAUUUGUCAAGUACCAGAUAUGGAUGCUCCUUGGCCUUUGCAUCCUUUUGGUCAAAAUUUGAUUCACUCCUUAAUUCAGCAUUAUGCGAGUCAAUCUGAUAUUCAAAUGGCUGGUAUGCUGAGUUGUGCCUUCAGUUAUCGAUCGGAAAAUCCUGACGUGAGCCAAUCGCGAAUUCUCAGCAAAUCCGUCAACGCUAGUAGGCUUUUCACUGGGAAACGGUGGUCCAAGCCCGGCACUUCUCCAUAUCAUACGAUACAUCCGGCUGACACAAAUCUCGAGGGUUGGAAUUUUCAAAAUCUCAAACAACAUCGUUCGAAUUCAUGGUCCGAAUCAUUAGACGAUCUCAAAGCCAUUCAAGACGCAACUCACGACACCCUGAAAAAUAUAAGGUUACUGGAUGAGAAAUACACAAUUCUCUAUGACAGCUACAAGAAAGCAUAUGCGGAAGUUUUGCAUCGUUGGCGAUUGCUUGAUGCGCGAGCACAAGUUUUGAAACACGUUAGCGUGACGCAUCAUGACAAUUACAAAGAUGUCGAAUUUCAGAGCGAGUGCCACAUUUGUGACAAAGUCAGCAGAGGACCACAAUGCUCCAAUUGCAAAAGAUUGACAUUUCAGUGUGUCAUUUGUCACAUUUCUGUAAGAGGGCCCAGCAAUUUUUGUAUCGUUUGCGGACAUGGAGGACAUAUGAAUCAUUUGGCAACAUGGUUCACCACCGAAACUUUAUGUCCAGCUGGUUGUGGUUGUAAUUGUGUACAGGAAAGUAGUAUUGUAUUAAAAAUGUAAAUAAAAAAGUACAAAUAA